AUGCAAAUACCUCUAGUGGCAGCUCUUUGUGCCGUGACAAUUUCCGUGUCGAAUGCUUCAGAGGACACCACGUGGACGGGCCAGCGAAAAGCGCUUCUUCGCCAGGAAUUUUCAUCAAUUUCGGCGGCAACUGCCAACAGAAGGAAUGGCGACCAUCUCAAAAAGGUGGAACAUGAUUCUGCGCAAGAAAGCUUGAGGCAACCGACAGCAAGUGACACCAUCAAAGCGGAGCUCCAGCUGGCGGCGAAGGAUUUGCAGAUUUCUCCAGAUGAGACCGCUCAAGUGGUGUUUGCCAGUCAAGCUGUGGUCCCACCUGCUCCGGAGGCCACCAACACCAGUUUGACCGACUCAGUGUUCUUUGCUGCCGAAAUGCUUGGCCUUUCUUCACAGCAGGUUGAUCACCUGAAGGUCGCCAUGGCCAAUCUGGAUCACAGGAGCUACGUCCACAUCCUCCAGGUCCUGCGCGCUGCGGCAAAGGCCGCGACAACGGCUGCGACACUUUCGGUGCCGGCCAAGGUAGCAGCAGUGGUCACAGCAGCUGCCAAAGCCAACUAUUCAGCCGAAGAGGUUGGAGCAGCAGCAGCGGCAGCAAGCCUGUCCUUAGCUGAUGAUGCUGCGAGUACCACGGUGCCACUCCAGGGCUUGGCGGAUGCAGUGGGGCAGCUGGGUGUUGAAGGGCAGGCGGCUGUGGUUGCAGCGGCAGGAGGAGAAAGUUGGAGAUCGCAGAGAAUGAUCGCCGAAAUGUUUCAGGCCAUUUCCAGCACUACGCCUGUGUUUCAAUGGGAUUCUAUCAAUGCUCAUCCCUUUGGCCUCGAUCCUGAAAUUGUGGGUGACGCGGUCAAAGAUCAGAUGGAGAGCCUUGAUAUUCCUGAGCAGGAAAAGAUGGACAUUGUGAACGCUGCGGUGAAUGCUGCAGCAGCGGCUGAGAGACCCAACCUUCGGAUGAAUGGCACUGAGGGGCUUGACUCCAACUUGGCAGGUGACCUUCUGGCCUUGGCCGCCUCAGCCUUCAGUGCUGGAUUCAGAGAUCAAGAAGUUGCAAUUUUCAAGACGAAGUGGCAGGAGAUGACCUCGCAACAACGCGCCGUGGCCAAGCGAAGCUUCGAUGCUUUGGCCUCCGCCCGUGUGGUGGCUGGAUUGAGGAACCUGGGUGAAGGGAACCUCUCUACCAAUGUGGCAUCGGCAGUGAAGGCUUUCGAAGAUGCAGGUGCAUCUGCCAACGAUGCAGCUCACGUGGCCGCAGAAGUGCUGCGAGCGACGCGUGCUGCGAACGCUGGAGACGCCGGAGACGCUGCGGUCAAGGACAAGACUCAGCUGCAGAAGACCGUGGAAGACGUCAAGUCAGCAAGACUUAGUGACCAGCAAGCCCAAGCCAUACUGAAGGUCAUGGCUGGGUUUUCACCUGCAGACACCAUUCCAGUGGCUACUGCUUGGGCAGCCAUAGGCGGCAAGGUUCCCGCACCGUCUACGACACAGGCACCCUUUCCCUUGCAAGAGGAACGUGAGAAAGGACAGCCAAGGCUCAGUGCACCAACCACUGGUAUGGAUUUGCAGGCCUUGGAGGACUUGAACGUCGUGGCCUUUGCGGCUCUGCAGGAAGGUAUCGGCUUGGAUCUGGUAGACAGGGCUGAUCGUAUAGCCAAAGGCAUGAGUCCCAGCGAGCAAAUGACAGCGGCUGCUGCCAUCAUCCGCUUGCCACGAAGAAUGAGCCAACCUGAAGGCGGUCCACAAGUGGAAAAGGAAGUGACGCCGGAGGAGCUUGAGGUAGCCGUCGGGGUGAGAAGUUGA